CUACUGUGGGAGCCUAGCAGCAGGCGGAAGCGCGCACGCACGUCACACUCCCGGUACAUACACACUCAGGCCCCGCCCUCCUCCUCCAGCAGCAGCAGCUUGGCAGGCUGGUCUGGCGGGGGCGCGCACGGUGCUGUGCCGGCGUGCUGCUGUGAAUGAGAGAAGAGAGGAACGGACAGAACAACGGCCCCGAGCUCCGGGGAGCGGCGCUCACACCGGGCAGAGGAGCCAGAGCUCGCUUCGUACAGCCAACAGUCUACAACACAGAGAGACAUCAUGUUUGCAGAAUACAGAAGACUAUCGCUUGUAUGAUGAUGAUGCUUCUUCCAUGGAGAUGAGAUGUUCAACAUUUUGAGCUCACUUCAAGGAGGGAGGGAGCACUAAUGGUGCCGGAAGAAUGGACCUAAUGAACGGCCAGUUGAGCAACACUGCUCUCACAGCUAAUGCGUCCGAGAAGAGUAGCAGCUCAGAAUCCUUGAGCGACAAAGAUUCCGCGGCCCUAAAGAAAAGCUUUGAUGCUGUUGUGUUUGACGUUCUCAUGGUUACUCCAGAGGAAUACGCUGGUCAGAUAACACUAAUGGAUAUGCCGGUUUUUAAAGCCAUUCAGCCAGAGGAAUUAUCAAGCUGCGGAUGGAAUAAAAAGGAAAAGUACAGUUCUGCACCAAAUGCUGUGGCCUUUACAAGACGAUUUAACCAAGUGAGCUUUUGGGUAGUGAGAGAGAUCCUUCAUGCACAAACACUAAAGAUCCGUGCUGAGGUUUUGAGUCAUUACAUUAAAACUGCCAAGAAACUGUACGAGCUGAACAACCUUCAUGCAUUAAUGGCUGUGGUGUCUGGGUUACAAAGUGCUCCGAUAUUCCGGCUUACCAAGACAUGGGCACUUUUGAGUCGGAAAGACAAGACAACCUUUGAUAAACUGGAGUAUGUAGUUAGUAAAGAAGAUAAUUACAUACGUCUUAGAGAAUACAUCAAUAGCUUGAAGAUGACUCCGUGUAUUCCUUACUUGGGUAUAUACCUUUCAGACCUCACAUACAUAGACUCUGCAUACCCAUCUACCGGCAGUAUCCUAGAGAAUGAGCAGAGAUCUAACCUAAUGAAUAACAUCCUGAGAAUAAUCUCUGACCUGCAGCAGUCCUGUGAAUAUGAAAUCCACUUGCUGCCCCAUGUCCAGAAGUACCUGAACUCUGUGCGGUACAUUGAGGAGCUUCAGAAGUUUGUAGAGGACGAUAAUUACAAAUUGUCUUUGAAAAUUGAACCUGGGACCAGCACCCCGCGCCCUGCAGCUUCUCGGGAGGAUCUAGUAGGUCCAGAAGUAGGAGCUUCACCUCAGAGUUCCCGCAAAAGCAUUCCAGUAGAAGGAGUGUUACUACCACCAACGCCGCCAUCCCCUCGAAAUCUGAUCCCUCACGGCCACCGCAAAUGUCACAGUUUGGGAUAUAACUUCAUCCAUAAAAUGAACACAGCAGAGUUUAAAAGUGCAACGUUUCCGAAUGCCGGGCCACGGCACCUCCUCGAUGACAGUGUUAUGGAGCCACAUACACCAUCACGAGGGCAAGCAGAAAGCUCUACACUUUCUAGUGGGAUAUCGAUAGGUAAGCGGAGCAGCGAUGGCUCUGAGCUCAGUGAGGAUAUGUCAUGGCCUGCGUUUGAAAGGAACAGGUUGUACCAUUCUCUGGGUCCGAUGACACGAGGGACAUGGAAUGGCUACAGAGGCCCAUUGAAGGCCAGCAGGAGACCGCAUGCUCUGCUUUCCGUGCGCAGACUCAGGAUCUCGUCCCUAACUCGGAGCUGCGUUCAGCUGCGCAGUUCCAGCUCUGCAGAGUCAACGGAACUGGCAGUGCAUUCAUAUUCUGGAACGGUGACCGUACAGGGGGUUCUGCGGAGGAAAACAUUAUUAAAGGAAGGCAAAAAGCCAACAGUUGCAUCCUGGACCAAAUACUGGGCGGUACUGUGCGGCGCACAGCUCCUCUACUAUGCAGCAAAAUCUUUGAAAGCCACAGAGAGAAAACACUUCAAGUCCACAUCUACUAAAAACGUGUCUGUAGUGGGCUGGAUGGUAAUGAUGGCCGAUGACCCAGAGCACCCAGACCUCUUUCUACUUACAGACUCUGAGAAGGGAAACUCUUAUAAAUUCCAAGCUGGGAAUCGGGCGAAUGCCUUGCUGUGGUUCAAACAUCUUAGUGCGGCCUGCCAAAGCAACAGGCAACAGGUACCUGCCAACCUGAUGACCUUUGAGUGACAGACCCAGUGUUUUAUUAGAGACAUGUGGCGACUAAGUGUGUGACAGACCUUCAGGGGCUUGUUGAAUGGCUCCUACACAUGUUUGCAAGACUCCUCUCUCCCUUCUGUGGGCAACAGCACCUUAAAGCAAUGAACAAAACCGAUUUUUUUUAGCACUGACAGUGAAGAGGAGAAGGACUGCGCCUCUGUGCAUUGCCACAUCCGUCAUCACUCCCGCAGUGGACAACGCGCACCCCUACAAGUGUGGACCGGAGCAGCCAUGGACCUCACAUUGAGAUAGCCUAUGUACAUAUAUUUACAGUUUCUUGGUUUUUUUUCCUUAAUUGUUCACUGAACCAAUCUGUGCAAACCACUGCCUUAAAGACAAACUAAAAAAAAGUUGUGAGUGUUGAAAUGUAACACCAAAUAGUGUGUGUGCGUGUGUCUGAGCGGCGUCCGAUGACUGUAUCUGUGACUGGUUUUUUUGUUUAGCUUUUUUUAAUUGUCAAACUCACUGUUUAUGGGAAAAGAAGUGUUGGACCUUUAGGGAUUGUUUUUUAUAGUAGGUAUAUAUAGACACACAAGUUGGGUUUUCUGUAGGAAAAUCAACAUUAGAAAGCAGUAAAGAAACCUGUAGAAAGGACAGGGUUACGGUAUGGUUACGCUGCCGUAGGCUAGGCUUGGGCAAGGUUUAGGUGGUGUCUGUGAAGGGGACCUAGGUCACAGUCUGUUGCUCUGGGCAGGAAAACGUUACAGGUGUAUUAUAUACAGGCUACUAUCCUGCUACCGUUAUUAAUAAUGAAUUCAUUUACAGGGAGCGUCUGCAAUGUCCCACAAGCCAGCAGUAUUACUCAGUUUUUAAUAGUUUUAUUCCUCCUUUAGUUUUAAUACUUUUGUUUUUUAAUGUUCCUUAGUGUGGUGUCCAGCCCAGUGGACGUUUCCCUUGGUAAUCACAUUAUGCGGUCUAUGUAGAGUCUGUUAUACGUCCACUGUUGAGGAGUGUUUGCUUCAGUCUCUUAGUUCGGUUUAGCCUGGUAUAAUCCAGGGUGUGUGAGCGUACAACAGCCGCUGGGGCGGCAUUCAUACAACAGAUCGCUUUGCUUAUGGGGAGUACUUUAAGCUCUCCGUUUUAUCGAAGGACCUGUCAUCUUAACGGGUUUGUAUCAUUGAAUCAGCCGCACUCCUUGAAGAUACCAACAACUUUUGUUUUUAGUUGUUUAUACAUAUAUUGUUUAGAGAACCUGUGUUUAUUUUAUUUAUUUGUUUUUUGUUUUUUUUAGUACAUUUAUGUUUACAUUGAAAUACUGUUUUACAAUAGAGCAUAAUUUAAAUUUCACAAGCUUGUGAUACCAAUUCGUACAAUACAUCUGUCGCUUCCCAUUCUUUACACCAUCACAUGUAUUUUCAAGGUGCUUAGGUUGCCUUUAAGUAUUACAAGUGUGAAAUUUAUAGUGUACAACUGCCUUAAAAUCACUGUAUACUCAUCUCUAUAUGCAGGUAAUUCUCUCUUACGGUAACAGAACAUUAAAUGUGUUUACAAGCCAUAAGCUGUCCCAUACGUACAUUAAAAUAUGUAGAAUAGUGGUUUCAAUGUGUGGGACUUGUGCUGGUAUAUGUGUAACAAGCUAUGCGGAAUCCUACCCACCUUAAAUCCUGAGCCAUGUACCGUAUAUAUACUUUUGUCAUUCUUUUCAUAUUUCACAGAAUUUACUAAGAGAACACAGAUUUUUUUUUUCUUUGUACAUUUGUUAAUAGUUGUAUAUAUUUUGCUGGUUCAUCACAGUUUUUUGAGAAGUGACUGAAGCAAACACUACCUUUUUUUACUUUGCACAUUUUGUUUAUUUCCAAGAUUUAUUUUUUAUUCACAAGCUACUAAACACACUGUGCAGGUUACUGGUACAAUGUGGGUUUCAGAGCAAGUGUCCUAUUUAAGACUGUGUACGUGGUUUGGAGUGAUUUCUGUACCAGCUAAUGUCAGCUAUGCUAUGUUGAUAUGUACGUCAUAUGAAAGCAGGUCAUUGUUGUGUUGUCUUUAAACCUCUGAUGCUGAUAAAGGGGCACCAAUUUAUUUUCAGUUCAUAUUAUACAAGCACAAUAAGAUGAUUUGCAAAUCAGUUAUGUGGUAGAAAUACAUCAAUUGUAAGUGCUGUUUUAUCAAAAUGAAUGCAAAAUAAUUUCUGCAGAUGCCCAAUCCUGUAUUCCCAGUGACUCCCAUGCUGUGCCUAACAGUCUUGAGCAACAGCUUCCCCUCUCCAUCAGGCAAUUUUUAUGUUACCCUAGUUGUCUAAUAGGGGUAUGCAAUUAGCUCAGUUUGUUUUUGAUUUUUUGUUGUUUUUUUUUUGUUUUUUUGCCUAGGUGAAAAAAACUGAGCUUUUCGCUAUUUUUAAGGCGAAUGGGGAUUUGUCCUGUGCAAUAGCGUAGACCAAACAUUCGGCAGGAUCAAAAAACAUGUGGAUCGGCGGAUCUAUGUGUUUUCGCACCGGUGAAAAUGCGGCCUGUUUUAACCAAUUUUGAGGCAUUUUGGUGAAAACAGACCGCAUUUUCACCAAUGCCUUUUCACUUAAAACAAAAAGGUGAAAAGGCAUUGGCAAAAAUGCCUUAAAAACAGGCGAAAACGGCCCGCAAUUGAAUACCGAUGGAGUCGAAUUCAACAGCUCCGAAAUGAUCAGAGCUAAUUGCAUACCCCUCUAAGUCCUUAGCGCACAAGUUUCUUUUUCAUUCAGGGGCCAUUGCAACUCGAUGUCAGAAUCAGGGAGAGCAGAUAAGCAUGAUUCUGUGGUUUCAUUUCUCUUGCCUAAUUCCACCCAAAAAUUAAAUUUUUAGCUUGUGGUGGAAUUAUCAUUUAAGGGAGUUUGCAAAGAAACUAAUUGGUUUUUACAGACCCCAUUCCCAGCCCUGACCAAUUUUUACAAGGCUGGGAGCCAGCUUUCAGCACUCAGACCUGUUCUGACUAGUUUUCUCUCAGGAACAACGUUAACCAAUCAUCCUCCAGGAUGUCAAAGCUCUGUAUUUCAGCCAUAAGGGAUUUACAAAUCUCCUUGUUGUCAUUAAGAAGAUAUGAAUAUAAAAAAAAUCAGAUCAAGGCAGCACAAUCUGUGAAUACUCAUGUGACUGAGAAAAUAGAAUAUUGUGUGGGGCUGUUAAAUGUGCAACUUUGCUGGAAAAGGAACAGUAGGGACCUAAUACUAAAACAUUCAUUUGGCAGGAGCAGGCAGUGACCAUGCUACAAAGCAUUGAGCUUGCUCCAUCUGGUUGACAGGAGAAAACCUGGUAAACACCAGUGCCUUAACCAGUAUUUUAUAUGUAGUGACUGUCAUUCAAUGACUGGUUUGAAUUUUUUUGCAGUAACAUAAUGGCUUAUAAAUAAUAAAAUGCCUAAUGAUGACAUUCAUGCAAUGAUAGCCAGACUGUAGAACAACCAUUGCAGUUUUAGGUAACGGAAGUCCCAAUUUUGCAGUUAAAUGUUUCCUGUCUCAGGGAAACUGCAAAUAUGGACAAGAGGUGCACAACUAAAUGUGAUUGCACACUGGUAGACAUCGGUAUAAACUAGAGAUGUACGGGUUCGGUUUUACUCGGAUUUACUCGGGGCUCGAAACGGCAUCUUAUUGGAUCACGGAUGUCACGCGUUUUGGAUAGUCAAUAAGCAAAACCCGAAAUACCCGAGUAAAUCAGAGUAAAACCGAACCUGCUAAUCUCUAGUAUAAACUCAUUGCUGCAUUAUUCAGGCUUAUCGCCCGUUAAGGUGUUAGUGUCCCCUCACAGUUGUUUGACAAGAGGAUUCUGCAUUAUGACCUCUCGCAGUGAUGUGCAAGUCCUCAUCUUAACAUUUUGUUUCAAUAAUUGUGUGUGAGCACUUUUUAAGAAUGUGUGUGUUUAAAAUACACUGUCCUGAGAUCCUUGUUUCCUACUGAAAAUAAUAAAAAAACUUCAUACUGCU